AAUGCGAAAACUCACGAGCUCACCUCGGCAGUACAAUGUUCAUGUAUGUGUAUCACUCUGCCUGUCUUAGUAUUUAGAGAGCUUACCUUGCGCACAAUUUAUGAACAGUAUAAAGGUUAUCAAAUGAGCAGUUCCAAGGAAGGUAGUCAUGCCAGUGUAUCUACUCAAAACGGCUAAAUACGCAGAUUUUACAUGCUCUACUCAACUUUCUUGGUAAACCGGAAGUUUCGUUUUCUACGAAACAUCUUUGCUCCGAUUGGUUCUAGUAUUGUACAAACAUGGCGGAGAAAAGUUAGUGGAAGGUGGCUCCUUUUGUGAGCAGAAUAUGCUAAUGAGAGUCCCUGCAGGCGUUUUUUUGUGCUUACUUAUUGGAGCAAUUCGAAAUGUAAACUGUUUAGAGACAAAGGAAGGAGAUGCACCUUCCUUUCACUUGAAUGAUUUCCAAAAUGUAAUUUACAUUGCCAAGAGCAAUGCUCUUGAGCUGAACUGUACUGUCAAUACGACAUUGGAGAAGACUUCAUCAGAGCACUUCUUAGCAUGGCAGCACAACAAUACAUGGAUACCAAGCUAUUUCACCUGCAAGAUUGAUAACAAUACCUUACAACUGAGGAAAAAUCACAUUCAGUUUGGUGAUGCUGGUAUUUUUGUUUGUGGAAUGUUCAGUAAUACUUCAAAACUUCCAAUUAAUACUCUUCAUCAAGUUAAAGUCAUCGUAGGAGUUAAACCUAAACGGAUCAGUGAAGAAACAGUGGAACUCGUGGAUAAUUAUGGACUCCCAAGGCCACAAGUGUUGAGUGUGCAAUGGAGAGCUCAGGAAGUGAAUGUGACAUAUGAACUUUUUGUCAGUAUGCACUAUGAUUCCAGUAUUUGGAGUUGUGUAUAUGACAGUCCAGUGUAUUGCAAGAAAAUACCCAAGUCUCCUGAUGAAACAUUGUCGUGUGUUGUGGGAAAAGACAUCCUCAAUAAUCAUGAUAUUCCUUGCAAGCAUAAAGGUGUUAGGUGUGACAUUUUCUGUGCUAAAGUAAUAUCUAAAAAUCAGUUUGGAACAGUUGAGACUUCAAAACACUGGAAUUUAAACCACCAUGAGAAGUGCCCCCCUCUGGAGAAUGUGGCAGCUGUGUCAACACGAGACACCUUUACACUUACAUGGGAUCGCCCACGCCUGGUGAGGAGCGAUAUUCGUCUGGAGUACCAAAUCAGUUACAAUUACACUCGAGUACUAACUGGCCAGGGAAUUCAAUACAACAAAGUAGUGAGGGAUAAUACCUCCUUCAGUGACAGUGUUGUACCCUUUGCAAGAUAUAUUUUCCAAAUAACCUGCCGUAUGGCAGCUGAUCAGGACACAAAAGGCCCUCCUGUAAUCACUGAAGUGAGGUCCGAAGAAGGAGUACCAAGUGAGGCGCCAACAAGGUGUCAGGCAAACAAUAGGUUGCCACAUAAUGUGACUAUUGGGUUCAAGGUCCCGCCAGUCAACACCUGGAAUGGUAUACCUCGCGAGUUUAGGAUUUCCUAUGGUAACACUACUAAAAUGGUCAAAACGUCACUGAAAAAGUUACAAGAGGGUUCCAAUGGCUCGGAUUCACAGGAAAUAAUUGUAAACAAUCUUGUACCAAACAGAAAUUACACGGUGAAGGUUGCUAUUUGUACAGCUGUAGAUUGUAGAUGGGCAAGCAAUGAACCAUUAUGCAUCAUCAAUUCAAUUCCCAACGAAGACGUCAAUACAAAAGUUACCAAGAAACCUGAUCCAAGCUCAUCUACUUAUAAUAAGCUCAAGGUGGUAGCUAUUAUCUUUGGAAUAAUUGGCGGAUUAGGCCUCGCCUGCGUAUUUAUCUCCUAUCUACUGAAAAAGAAACGGGUUCGUACCAGGAAAAAUUCUCUGUGGACAAGUGUAGGACCGCUGUUUCUGAAUGGUCACUGCGGCAUCUACGAAUAUAUGUCAAAUGAGACAGUGAACUCUACCGGAGAUUCUGAACUUUAUGACAACAUCAACGUCCCAAGACAAGGUGCUAACGAGGAGAAUUUGGUUAACAAUCAAGAGGUUCUGUAGUUGUCGAUCAUUUUCUAUUAUUCUCCUGAUCUUAAUGUUUGAUUGAGGGGUGAUAUUGCAAGGAGAAAUUAUAAGCUGGUCACUCAGGGGUUUAGUAGACGGUAAAUUUAGGGAAAUGGAAGGGCGACUGUAGUAAGACUACCACUUAAUUUAACUAGAAACUAUUUUCAAACUAAUGGUUGAAUACCUUAAAUAUUUUUAAACGAGAGAGUAGUGGUUUUGAAAAUAUUUUUUAAUAGUAGAUUACUAUAAGAAAAACUCUUUUUACUAUUUGUUUUAAGUGUCACCGAUUGUAAAGGAUUAGAUUUCUAAUUGUUUUUCUUUUCUUCUUGAAGAGGUUCAUAUUUUUAAUAUGUAGGCUCUGUUCAUAUUUUCCGAAAAGGGAACUUUGCCUCCAUUUUAAAAGAUGAAAUUCGUUUGUUCCGCCUGAAAAGCUUGACAGUUCCGAUUCAAAUUCCCCAACCCCAUACAGGCAAAGUACAAAUUUCUCAUCCCCAGGUACGGAAGGCAGUCGAAUGCCCGUAGGUUGCUGAGGGGGAGUUGAAAUUUCCAAUCGAUUGGUGCAUAAAUUUUACUGAUUUUAUCGGAAAGUCUUCAGCGCAGUUAUUUUAAAGUUAAAUCGUUUCAACCUUCUUUCCUCGACAUGGGAAAGGCAACUUAAGAGAAGAGGUCUUGAUAUUAUAUGUACUAGAUAUAUUUCUUAUAAGAAAGCUAAAAUAUAUUUAAAUUUAGAAUGAAAAGUAGAAAGGUAGUUUUUCAGCAAAUUAUUUUGAUACAUUUUUUACGGUAAUGAUUAUUUAGUAAGUGGCAGUGAAUGUCAAAGUUAUAUAUAUAUAUUUAACAAAUGGUAACUUGGCUCAUGCUCGUUGUGGGCGUUGUGUGUAGUAAAACAAAGAAAACAGAGAAGUAAAAAAGGAACAAUUAACUGAGGGAAGUAACAGUGAAUUCACAGGUUCUAAUAAAGGUAAAAUAACGGUGAAAAAGGCUA